AUGGGAUGUGGUAUUUUGGCUACCUACGCCCAAAUUGGAAACAUUUCUGGCCUUCAUGGUUUAAUGGUGUACACUCUUUCUGGAGCGAUUCCAAUUGUGGGAUUUGCAAUCAUGGGUCCAAUGAUCAGAAAGAAAUGUCCUGAUGGAUUCAUCAUGACCGAGUGGGUCAGAAGAAGAUUUGGUAUCGUCACAGCCUUAUAUGUGUCGUUUUUCACCUGUCUUACAAUGUUUUUGUUCAUGAUCGGUGAAGUUUCUGCCGUCAAGAGUGCUAUUGAGACCUUGACUGGAUUGAAUGGCUUGGGCGCAGUCAUUGUUGAAUGUGUUGUCACGACAAUUUACACCGCUUUUGGUGGUUUCCGUGUCAGUUUCAUCACCGACAACUUCCAAGGAGUCUUGGUCGUACUUUUGGUCGUUAUUUGUGCAGCGGGUAUGGGCUCGUACAUCGAUAUUGACACUUCAAAAAUUGGUCCUUCCCACUUGCUUGACGCUAACAAGUUGGGAUGGCAACUUCUUUACAUUUUGCCUGUGGCUAUCAUCACAAAUGAUUGUUUCAUGGCUGGUUUUUGGUUGAGGACUUUUGCGAGCAAAACUGAUAGAGAUCUCUGGAUUGGCGCAGGAAUUGCCAGUUUUGUGACUUUUGCUAUUUGCACCUUGGUGGGAACAACAGGCUUUUUGGCUGUCUGGGCAGGCUACAUAGAUGUGAACGAUGAAGAUGGAGGCAAUGCAUUUUUCAUCAUGUUAUCUCAUAUGCCAAGAUGGUUGAUUGCAUUUGUCUUGAUCUUCGUCAUCUGCUUGUCUACUUGUACGUUCGAUUCGUUGCAAAGUGCUAUGGUUUCGACCAUCUCUAAUGAUGUUUUCCGCAACAAAUUGGACAUGAUUUACGUUCGUGCCAUGGUUUUUAUUGUCAUGGUACCAGUUGUUGUUUUGGGGUGUUAA